AUGAACACAGAACUAGUUUUUAUUUCUUUGAUUGUUUCCUCUCUCAUCUUCUUCCUCUACUUUGUGUUCAAACGCUCAAAAUCAUUAAACCUACCACCAGGGCCACAAAAGCUACCUCUGAUCGGAAACGUACACCAAAUAGCAGGAACACUCCCACAUCGCGCUUUUCGAGACUUAGCACGAAAACAUGGCCCCAUUAUGCAUAUCCAACUCGAUCGCCCCACCACUUUUGGGAGUGAGCUUGUGCUUUAUGGGAACACCGAUAUAGCUCUCGCCCCAUAUGGUGAGUACUGGAGACAAAUGAAAAAGAUCGCAUCAUUGGAACUCCUUAGUGCCAAAAAAGUUCGAUCUUUCAGUCGAAUAAGAGAGCAAGAACUUGAUGGGUUCAUUGAGUUUCUCCGAUUAUCAUCAGGGAAACCGAUAAACAUACACAAAACCAUCACCGAACUCAUCAAUAAUGUUGUUUGCAUGGCUUCCUUUGGAAAAAAUUGUAAACAGCAACAUGCUCUACUAGAGUUCUUGGAUGAGUUUGCAAGAGUAAAUAGUGGGUUUCAUUUGGCGGAUCUGUUUCCUGAUUUUAAGUUUCUUUAUGUGGUUUCUGGAUUGAGAUCGAAGUUAAUGAAGCUCCAUAAGACUCUUGACAAGAUCUUCGAUGAUAUUUGGGAGGAGCAUGAAGGUAGAAAAAGAGAUGGUGGGGAUCAGGAUGAAGAUCUUCUUGAAGUGCUUCUUAGAAUCAAAGAUGAAGGAGGUCUUGAGUUCCCCAUCACGAACAACAACAUCAAAGCAAUUUUUGUGGACAUCUUUGCUGGAGGCACUGAUACAUCUUCCAUAACAAUUGGUUGGGCUAUGACAGAAAUUAUACGACACCCGAAUGUGAUAGAGAAGUUACAGGCUGAAAUAAGAGAAGCUUUCAAGGGGAAGGGUAAAAUCAAGGAGUCAGACCUACAUGGUUUGACCUAUUUGCAGUCAGUAAUCAAGGAAACUCUACGGCUUCACCCCCCAAUCCCUUUAUUACUCCCACGUGUAUGUAGGGAGCAAUGUAAAAUUGAUGGAUACGAUAUACCAGUUAAAAUGAAAGUCUUUGUCAAUGGAUGGGCUUGCUCUACUGAUCCUGAAUACUGGGAAGACGCAGAGAGCUUCAAGCCAGAAAGAUUUGAAAAUACUUCAGUUGACUUCAUGGGAACGAAUUAUCACUUUAUCCCGUUUGGAUCUGGGAGGAGAAUGUGCCCAGGAAUAACGUUUGGUAUGGUAUCUGUGGAGCUUCUCCUUGCCCAAAUGCUUUUCUAUUUCGACUGGAAACUGCCUGAGGGAUUAAAUCCUACGGAUAUUGAUAUGUCAGAGACCGAAGGAUCAUUAGUAGCAAAAAAGGUUCACUUACAUUUGAUUCCUACCUCUUAUGCUCCUGACAGGUGA